UCCCCUCCAGUCUGGACAACGCUCAUCACCAACCUCGACUACCUCCCCGGCCUCCUCACCCUCAACCACUCCCUCCGCGCCGUCGGCUCCAAAUACCCGCUCGUCGCCCUCUACACCGACGCCUUCCCGCCGUCCGGCCACGCCGCGCUCGCCGCCCGCGGCAUCGCCUCCCAGCGCAUCGACUACCUCGUGCCAUCCGCCGGCAAGGACUACUCCAACGACCCGCGCUUCUACGACUGCUGGAGCAAGCUCGUGCCCUUUAGCCUGACGCAGUACGCGCGCAUCGUCCAGCUCGACUCCGACAUGCUCGUCCGGCGCAACAUGGACGAGCUCAUGGACCUCGACCUCGACCCCCCGAGUCUCGCCGCCUCCGCCUCCGCCUCUGGUGAUGCCUCCUCCUCGUCCAGCAGGCGCGUCUUCGCCGCGGGCCACGCCUGCGUGUGCAACCCCCUGCGCAAGCCUCACUACCCGCGCGACUGGAUCCCCGCCAACUGCGCCUUCACGUCGCAGCACGACGACCCCGAGACGGCGCAGACCGUCGCCCCGGAUCCGUCCGCCGGCCCGCUCGGCUUCAUGAACGGCGGCCUGCAGGUCGUCAACCCGUCCGAGGCGCUCUACGAGCAGAUUGUCGCGCACAUGGAGGCCGACGCGGCCAACAUGGACUUUGCGGACCAGUCGCUGCUGUCGGACCUGUACCGCGGCCGCUGGGUCCCGCUGCCGUACACGUACAACGCGCUCAAGACGAUGCGCUGGAAGGGCGUGCAUCAUCAGAUCUGGAGGGACGACGAGGUCAAGAACGUGCAUUACAUCUUGAGCCCGAAGCCGUGGGACGAGAUUGGGGAGAAGGGCGAGUGGACGGGGAGCGACGAGUCGCAUAAGUGGUGGUAUGAUGCGAAUCGCCAGAGGAAGGCUGCUGAGAGGGCGGCUGGCAUUGAUGAUGACUUUUGA